GGUGCGGCAGAAGAGCUCGAACUGUGAUUGCGGUCGGACGUGUCAGUACGUGUCAGUUUAGGGAAAAUUACUCGAAAUGUGAUCGUGAGAGAAUAUGAGAACGCAAGAGUCGGAAAUUCGAAAAUAUAAUUUAAUUGCAAGCAGACCUAAGUGUUAAUAAUGAAAAGGAAUUUAGAACGGGGAAGAAUUAAGGGACAAAAAACUGGUACUGAGCGAGAUCGACGACGCUUGGAAAAAUGCUGCAGAGGACCAGAGAGAACGGCCGAAUAUCAGCGAACAAGAAGGCGGAGGAACAAAUAGGGAGUGCCGCAUUCAUUAUGCUCUCGUGCUGCGAGGUGCUGUGCUGCAUGGAACAGCGAUUGCAUUAUGUCUCCGUUUGUGCUACCGAUUGGCAGUUUUUUUAAGCACCGUAGUUGAAGAAGACGACAGUGAAGAAGAAGAAAAAAAAAUGGAAAAGAAAAAAAGAGAGAAAGAGGAGGCUGGUGCCGACUAG